GAUGCCGCGAGAGGCAGCAGAUGUCUCACCGUUGAAGGAGGCUCUCGACGACACUGCAACAUUUUGGUGGAAUCGUCUUCCUCUCUGCAGGUGGAUGCAGUAUCUCAUGAUAAGAUUGGAGGCCGCUGGUCUCCGGGUCCUGGGCCACUCAUUACGUCUCGGAGACCUUGUGGUUGGGCCAAGACAUUUAUCCUCAGAACUGACCGUGAGGGAUCUGUUCAUAUGUAUCCUCCUAUUGGUGGGCCAUUUCAGAGCUUACAGGAGGCUGAUGAUGCUAUUGUUCGCCAUCUUGAUGACCUGCGGGAUAAGACAGUGUGCCUAGCUGACCUUUCCUUGAUGGAGAAAGCUGUACGACAUGCUCUUUACUGGCCUGAUGGCACAAGGAAGAAGCUUUCAAAGUCAUCAGUAGAUCCGGAAAGGAUUAAUCAUACACGCCUAUUGGUUCAAGCUCUACUGGACAAAUAUAAUGAAGACCACAAUCUUUUGGGGAACCUUGCGUAUGAACUCAAAGAUAUUAUGUGCAUCCGAUCAAUUUGUGAGGGCAGACCCCAUAACUGCCGGUUCUGCACUAGUGAUACGGAGUUUGUGCUCAGCUGUUUCUACAUGCUUAAACCGAAUGAUAAUGGUCACUGCCGUGGUUGUACGUAUAACAAAAGGGUAAACCUGAAGCACCCUAAUGAUGCUGAUGAAUUCUCUGGUGGUCACUUAGAUCCAUAUUUGCCGUAUGGCGGUGACACUACUAUACAAUAUAGCGGCUCUGAUGAGAAUUUGGACGCCGAGGAGGAGGAAGCUAGGCUGCAAGCUAAAGAGGAGGCUCGGAAACCAGAGUUCGCUACAACAAAAGUUGCUGCCAUGAUAGAUCAACAUGAGGCCAUGGAGAGCUUUGAGUUCUCUCCAGGCCCAACAAAGACCGUGAGGAAGGCUGCAUCCGCAGAAGGGCAAUUGCAGCGUGUGAAGGUGAGGGCAAAGAAGAAGGCGCUGAAAGUAGUUGGAGCUCCUCCUGCAAAGUGGACCGCCAUGGUGCCAGUACGAGCUAAUGUACGUACUACUACGAUUGCCAUCUAA